GGAGAAUUUUCUCUUUCACAUGUAGUGCUUUUACGUAUAAGAUAAGAAAAACGGAAUAAUAGUUGAGCGAAAUAAUUUUCUCUCUCAUAUGUAGUAUGUUGAGGUAUAAUAAAAGCGUACUAAUAAUCAUGAGAGAGUAUUUUAUCCCAUAUGUAGUGUUUUUAGGUAUAAUAAUCUAAACGAGCUAAUAAAUGAGCUGGAGAAGUCCCCCAUAUUUAAUAUAUUUAGGUAUAAGUUAAGUGGACUAAUAAUUGAGCGAUAAAGUUCUCUCUCUCUCUCUAUCACAUGUUGUACUUUUAGGUAUAAGAUAAGAUGAGCGGACUAAUCAUCAAACAAAAAAUUUCUCUCUCAUACUUAAUAUUUUUAAAUAUAACAUUCAUGAAAUCAGUUUCUUGAGAUGUCACAGCGACAAUUGCUGUUACUACAAGAAGACUGAGAAUUGUUAUCUUAUCUUGCUAUUAUAUGUAGAUGACAUGUUGAUUGCAGGAGCUAGUUCAAAGUAGAUUGAGAAGUUAAAGAAACAGUUGUCAGAACGUUUUUCCAUGAAGGAUCUUGGAGAAGCAAAGCAGAUUUUGGGCAUGCGAAUUGAGAGGGAUGAGGCAGUGGGCAGAUUGUAUCUUUCACAAGCAGAAUACAUUCAGAAGGUCUUGGAAAGAUUCAGAAUGCAAGAUGCAAAGGCAGUAAGUGUACCGUUGGGUAGUCACUUCAAGCUUAGCAAGGAAGACUCACCGAAGAACAAGGAGGAGCGUGCUCAAAUGCAGAAGGUCCCAUACACAUCGACAAUUGGCUGCAUAAUGUACGCGAUGGUGUGCACAAGGCCAGACAUUGCACAUGCGGUGGGAGUAGUGAGCAGAUACAUGGGAGACCCCGGGAAAGAACACUGGAAAGUUGUGAAGUGGAUCAUGAGGUAUUUGAAAGGUACUGCUUCUAAUACUUUGUGUUUUGAUGGGAAGAAUGUAGAGCUGCUGGGACACGUUGAUGCAGACCUGGCAUCAAAUGACUCGGAUGGAUCGAGGAGCACCACCAGGUAUGUUUUCACAUUCGGUGGAACGGCAGUUUCCUGGCUUUCACAGCUGCAGAAAAUUGUUGCAUUAUCUACCACUGAAGCUGAAUAUGUGGCCAUUACGGAGGCAAGUAAGGAGAUGGUGUGGCUUCAGAAUCUACUCGGGGAACUUGGGAAGGAGUACAAGAAUAGCAUUCUUUACAGUAACAGUCAAAGUGCUAUCUUUUUGGCCAACAACUCAGCUUUUCACAAGAGAACCAAACACAUUCGGUUAAGUAUCACUACAUCCGUCAUCUUCUGUAGAUAGAGGCAUUGCAGCUUGUGAAGAUCCGUGGGAGUGAGAAUCCAACAGACAUGUUUACUAAGGUGGUAACCUUGGAGAAAUUGAAGUUUUGCAUAGCUUCAAUUGGUCUUGGUACUUGAAGAAGGUCGGCGCUACCAUGCUUACAAGGAAGAUUUGAAGAAGACAUUCUCUAGGUGGGAGAUUGUAAGGUGUUAGAGACUGUAUAACCAAUCUCUAUUCGUCGAAAAUUUUUGUUCCGUUUUUUACGAACAAGUUUUCCGUACAAUUCCGUACAAGUGGGCCGUACGGAUUCCGUACAGUUAGGCCGUGCGGAUUUUUUCUUUUUCUUUUUUUUUUUUCGCCCAAGCCUCCUAGUUGGAUUAGGGGUAUGUUUUACUCUCUAUAAAUACAAGCUCUCUCCCAUUGUAAUUAUGUGGAUCCGAAAAUAGCAAUAAUAUUCCUGGUUUGGUAGCGCCCCCAGACGUAGUCAUUCGUGGGGAACUGGGUUACCAAAUUUCACGUGUUCUUCGUUAUUGAUUUU